UUUGAUUUCCAGGCAAACACGAUGUCAUCCGGGGUCAGAGCUGGCUUGGUGUCAGCAGAUGUGCUGCGGAAGGAGCAGCAGGAGCUCCAGAAGCCAGACAGAAACAUGAAGCACCUGGAAGAGGAAUCCCGGAAUGCCAAGACCGUGUUCCGAGACAAGUCUGGCCGCAAGAGGAACCUGGCACAGGAGCAGCUGGAGCAGAGGCUGAAGGCUGAAGCAGAGGCCAAGAGAGAAGAGCAAUAUGCCAAGUGGGGAAAAGGGCUGGCCCAGGAGAGGCAGCAGCAGCAGAACGUGGAAGAUGCGAUCAAAGAGAUGCAGAAGCCCUUGGCCCGUUACAUCGAUGACCAGGAUCUGGAUCGAAUGCUGAGGGAGCAAGAGAGGGAAGGAGACCCCAUGGCUGCCCUCAUCAAAAAAAGGAAGGCCAAGGAGAACAAGGAAAAAGAAAAACCCAGGUACAAGGGACCUGCACCUCCACUCAACAGGUUUAACAUCUGGCCCGGGCAUCGCUGGGACGGUGUGGACAGGUCCAACGGGUUCGAGCAGCAGCGCUUUGCCCGGAUUGCCAACAAGAAGGCGGUGCAGGAACUCGCCUACAAGUGGAGUGUUGAGGACAUGUAGGUGAGACAAGAACUGUGCAGAGCUCCUGGAGUGAUCCCCUGGACAUCACCCGCUGCCAAAGCUGUGAGGAAUGGCCUGCUCUCCCUGGAACAAGCCCUGUCCUUGGCAUUCAGUAUCCCAGGGCCAUCUUCCGAGAGGCAAGGCUGGAUUUCCCUGUCAGCCAGGGACAACCUGCAGGGGCCACUGCCUGCAGGAGCCCCCAGCUCUCUGUGGAAGACACUGGUUUCUGGUCCCUUUAGUUAUCUUGUAACAAACUCUUUUGUUCUAUGCCAAAUGCUUUGACCUCUGAGGGCAGUUCCCAAGUCUCAGGUGUCCUGAAUCUCAGGUGAAAAUGUGCUUGGUCACUAGAGAGUUACACUCGCGCAGUGGGUCGGCCUGCUCCAGAACUCAGCUUAAGUUUAGCCUCUGAACUUCUGCUGAGUUUGUGUAGUUAUUGUGCUCUGUAGAUCCCAGAGUCACCACAGUGCAGUGAAGUUCGAACUCAGCUUCUCCUGGCCCUGUCCAAGCAGGAAAGUGAGCAGGGAAUGCUCUGGCACUAGAAGAGCGACCUGCUUUGGGCAGCAGGAUCUUCUGGAGCGCCAGCAACUCUUUGUGGAGGGUCCAUUUCUUGUGGAAGUAAACGUAUGGAGAGUGGUUAAAUUGCUUCCCUUAUAUUUUGGAGCAGCUGGUUCCCCCAGACCCUUCUGGACAGUGCUGAUCUCGGCACUUCCCCAACGCUGCUGCCUGGGGCUCCAGUGUGAGGUGUAACAACCCCUCUCCUGUGAUCAGAUUUGUCAGUCUCAGAGCUGGAGACCAGGCAGAGCUUCCCUUAUUCCCUGCAUGCCAGAAAGCACUUGUGGAAAUAAAUACAGUUGUUCUUGCUGAGGUCCCAGGGAGCAGGGAUGGAAUGCAGGCAGCAGUUUCCAUGGAGAUGCCUCGGCUGCAGCAGUGGGCAGGGGCAGGGCAGGAUCGCUCUUUUCAGGGAUUCUCCAGCAUUAGGAGGGCUGUGGGUGGGAGGGAUAAUGGCAAAAUCUGCUCUGGAAUGCCAGACUCUUGGGACUUCCCUUUUUUUUUAUCCCUGUGUAACAUUUCUAGCAGUCCUGGAAUUGGUGUGUACACCUGUAAAUAACACCUUUCGUUUUGUACGUGAUUUUGUGUGGUGGUGGUUUUUCCAAGGUGGGUAAAUCUUUCCCAGCCUGGGCCCUGUUGCAGCCUGUUGGGCAGGGAAUGGUUUGGGAGUGGGAGGUGAUGGUGUGAGGUGGGUUUUGUCAUCCUGCUCAGUGUUUCCAGUUGUACUUUCCCCUUCUGUCAUUAAGGUCCUAUUUUUUUUUUUUUCCCUGUAACCUGAAGCAGGUGCAGCCUUGACAAGUGCAGCUCCACUUGACACACACUCAUUUUUGCUCUCACUUAUCAGAGUGCUGCUGGAAAUGU